AUGAUAAUGACGCAGCACUGUUUUGGUGCGUGUUAUUCCAGCAAGUGCUUGUACUGUGUUCAAAUUGUUCAUCUUCUUCUGUUAGCAACUCUCUUGGGUAGUUCUGUUAUUCAAGUAGAGUGCUUAAAUUUCGGCUAUCCAAACUUCACCAAGCAGAACGAGGUAGAUUUCAUCACUACAGAAAAUGCAUACAUAUCUUUCAACGCCAUUCAAGUGACAAGCCUUGCCGGAGAUUUGAUCUCAAACUUGUCGGGAAGAAUCUGGUAUCGACAUCCGUUCAAGCUAUGGAGCAGACGGAAAAACAUCACAGCAUCGUUCAACUCCACCUUUGUUCUGAGUCUUAUUCCACAGACCCAUCCAUGGGGUGAAGGACUGGCUUUCAUCUUGACAAAGGAAAUUGGUUAUAUCCCAGAAAACAGCCAAGGGCAAUGGCUUGGUGUUGUGAAUUCAAGCACAAAUGGAUCUACACAAAGCAACGUAGUGGCGAUUGAGUUUGACACCAGAAAAAGCUUCUCGGAAGAUAUUGACGACAAUCAUGUUGGUGUCGAUGUAAAUAGCAUUUACUCCAUCGAGCAAGCUUCAUUAUAUGGCCAUGGAGUUAUCCUUCCAAGUGGUCAAGAUAUCACAGCGAGAGUUCAGUAUGAUGGGGAGCUAAAGACCUUGGCCAUAUUUGUAUUCAUGAGUAAUGCUACUGGAAACAACAACAGCAGUCCGAUAAUUUCGAUGCCUCUUGAUCUCUCUAAAUAUCUUUCAGAAUAUGUUUACCUGGGAUUUUCAGCUUCCACUGGGCAAUACACCGAGGUCAACUGCAUAAAGGCUUGGAAUUUUACCAGCACAGACAUAGAUGAUCCAGUUCACCUAUUGUGGAUGUACUUGGCAAUAGUAAUUCCGAUUGCCUUAAUAAUCGGCUUUUUCUUUUUCCUGUGUUGGAGAAGGAAAACCAAUGAGAAGCAAAUUCAAGAGGAUCCAAUGGUAGUGCUACAGAUUAAGGAUUCAGCAACUGCUCCACAGAAAUUCCGGUUGAAGGAACUUAAAUGCGCCACUGGCAAUUUUGACCCCAAGAACAUGCUCGGAAAAGGAGGAUGUGGUAUAGUUUACAAAGGAUUAUUAAGCAAUAAAGAGGUAGCUGUGAAAAGAUUCUCAAAGGAUUCAAGUCAAGGGAAGCCAGAUUUCAUAGCUGAAAUCACAACAAUUGGCAACCUCCAUCACAAAAACCUCGUCAAAUUAUUUGGAUGGUGCUAUGAAAGCAAUGAACUCCUUUUAGUAUAUGAGUUCAUGCCAAAUGGGAGCCUGGAUAAGCAUAUAUUUUCCAGCAAUUUUCAAGACAAGGGAGGUUCAAGUUCAACUCUGAGUUGGGAAAGAAGGCAUACAAUCAUUUGUGGGGUGGCAAGAGUACUGGAUUAUCUUCACAAUGGGUGCGAGAAAAGGGUUCUUCACCGGGACAUAAAAGCCAGCAACAUAAUGCUGGAUUCUGAUUUCAACGCCAGAUUGGGAGAUUUUGGACUGGCUAGAACCAUACGAGUGGGUGGAGAAACCCAUCACUCAACAAAAGUGAUUGCAGGAACACCAGGAUAUAUGGCUCCAGAGAGUUUUCAUGUAGGCAGGGCAACUGUUGAAACAGAUGUUUAUGCGUUCGGUGUUCUCCUACUUGAAAUUGCCUGUGGAAGAAAGCCUGGAAAUCACAGAAUUAUUGAUUGGGUAUGGGAACUUUACAAGAUGGAGAAGAUAACUAAAGCCAUGGAUGUCAGAUUGAAAGGGGAUUUCGAGGAGGAGCAAGCAGUGUACGUGCUCAAGUUGGGAUUGGCCUGUUGCCAUCCGAACCCAUAUCAAAGGCCCUCUAUGAGAAUUGCUUUGCAGGUUCUUACAGGGGAAGUAGCUCCACCACCCAUCCCCAGUGAGAAACCUGCUUUCAUGUGGCCAGCUAACACUCCAUCAUCUAAUGAACACUUGGGUAACACUCUCACCGGAGGCCAACUCACGCCAAUAACAACACUCAGUGGGAGAUGA